ACACACUCCGUGACCAUCCUCAGUCUGUCUGCAGCUGUGGGCCUGCCUGUCUCUGCCAUGUCUCUCUCCCCAUGCCGGGCCCAGAGGGGCUUCAGCGCUCGCUCAGCAUGUUCUGCUUUCUCAGGGGUCCGUGGCAGGGCCAGCUUCAGCAGCAGGAGCCUCAGUUCCUCCAGAGGUUGCAGAGGAAGCUCUUGUGGGAGGGCCUGGGGGGUGAGGGGCAGGCAGGGGGUGAGGUGUGGACAGGGGAGUGGAGGGCUUGGGCUUUCCCAGUGCCCUCCGGGGGGCAUCCAAGAAGUGACUGUUGACCAGAGUCUGCUGACCCCACUGAAGAUUGAGAUUGACCCCCAGUUCCAGGUGGUGAAGACGCAGGAGACUCGAGAGAUCAGAACCCUCAACAACCAGUUUGCAUCCUUCAUUGACAAGGUCCGCUUCUUGGAGCAGCAGAACAAGGUCCUGGAGACCAAGUGGGAGCUGCUGCAGCAGCUGCAGGGGAGCCCCAGCCCGCAGGGCCCAGAACCCAUCUUUGAAACCUGCCUGGCCCGGCUAAGGCAGCAGCUGGAGCAGCUACAGAGAGAGCGAAGGGCUCUGGACACUGAGCUGAAGACCUACCAGGACCAGGAGGAAGAGUACAAGGCCAAGUAUGAGCAAGAGGCCCACAAGUAUGCCACGGUGCAGAAUGACCUUGUGGUCCUUAAGAAGGAUGUGGAUGAAGUUUUUCUGAGCAAGAUGGAUUUGGGUGGCAAGUUGGAGUCUCUGAGAGAAUACGUCUGCUUCUUGAAACGUCUGUAUGAAGAGGAGCUGGGCCAGCUGCAGACUCAGGCAGAUGACAUGUCUGUGGUGCUGUCCAUGGAUAACAACCGUUGCCUGGACUUCAGUGCCAUCAUCGCUGAGGUCCGUGCCCGGUAUGAGGAGAUUGCACAGACUAGCAAGGCCGAAGCCAAAGCCCUGUUCCAGACCAAGUACCAGGAGCUUCAGUCAUCAGUCCAGCUUCAUGGGGAUGGAAUGAAAGAAGCCCAGAGACAGAUUUCUGAGCUGCAGCAGGUGAUGCAGAGGCUACAGAGUCAGAUUUCCAGCCUCAAGGGACAGAAUGCCAGCCUGCAGUCAGCCAUUUCUGAUGCUGAACAGCAUGGGGAGAUGGCGCUGAAGGAUGCCCAAGCCAAGCUUGAUGAGCUGGAGGAUGCUCUGAGAACAGCCAAGCAGGACAUGGCCCGAAUGUUGCGAGAGUACCAGGAACUGAUGGGCACAAAGCUGUCCCUGGACGUGGAGAUCGCCACCUACCGCAGGCUGCUGGAGGGCGAGGAGUGCAGGAUAUCUGGGGAGUACACCAGCCAGGUUACUGUCUCUGGUGGUGGCCAAGUCAUCCCUGGGGGAGCCGGUGGAGGUCAAAUGAAUACUUGUGGAUUUGGUGGCAGGAGAGGCAGGUUUGAGUCUGGCUGCUCCAGCAUUGUGACUGGUGGCUUCAACAUCCCCUGGCGUUCUGGGAACAACAGCUCCGGCUUGGGUUCCUGCUCUGUGUCUGGCUCUGGCUUCAGUUCUGGCUCUGGCUGUGGCUCCUGCUGCCAUACCAUCCUGAAGAAGACGGAGGAAUCAAGAUGGAAGACAUCCAUCAUACACUGA